AAACUAUACCCUUCUGCCCAUAGACGAAGUCCUAGUUUAAACUAUGCCCUUGUUGUGUAAAGAAUGAUGUAAUGUUAACAUCUAACAUCUUGAAGUUAACUAAUUUAGGACAAAAAAAGAAUACCAUUAUUAUUCUCAAGAACCUUUUCUUUAAAGUAUGAAAUGCACGUGUUGUGUGAUAUAUCCAAUUUAAUUUAAUUUCUCUUUGUUUUUUUAAGUAUUUGUUGAAUUACAAUCUAUUAAACAACAAAUCUUGGUAGAGAUGAUCUAAACUUGUUUUCCAUUGUCUAAAUUUUUCAUUUAUAAUUAUGUUUUGUGACUACUGGAAUUACAUAUAUAUAUAUAUACAUAUAUAUAUAUCCUACAUUUUGAGAGGUCAUAUUAUGUAGAUUUUUAAGUUUCUUUAGUAAUGCAUCAUACAUAAUUUCAUCACUUUUUGGGACAUGGUCUUUUUGUGUCCAUGUUCAGGGUAGCCUUGAACUUUUGAUCUUCCUGCUCCAGACUUUCAAUGUGCUGCCACUACAGGCAUCAGCCUAUUGCCUUCUUUAUUUCGGAAGUCAAUGAGCAGAGGUAUCUCAAUAAUGACCAAGUAGAAGUUCACAGAUCCACAGUUAUUAACUGGCAGAGCAUCUUCUAACUGUUUCUGUUUGUUUUUCUGGCUUGACAUGUGGGAGGUCCCUUGUUCUGUCCAUUUCCAGACAGGUGACUUGGCAACAACAUUAUGCUGUUUUCUCUUGCUAGAUAUCAUGUGGCAUACUCACAUUGCUCAUCAGCCUCUCCUGUGUUCAGAACUAGCAAUGCUCCUCUUAGCUUGUAGUUUUAUUUCCUUAUAAACUGACUAUCCCUCCUUGGGGGAUUUAUUACCCAACUACUAUUAAAGCUCUCACUUAACUUAAACCUUAGGGUCUACAAAAGUUGAGUGGUGUGCAUGGUAAAACACACCUUUAAUCCCAGCACUUGGGAGGCAGAUACAGGGGGAAUCUCUGUGAAUUUGAAAGCAGCCUGGUCUACAAAAGAGUUCUAUGAUAGCCAAGGCUACCUCUCUGAGGAUCCAAGGGAGGAGAUGGGGAGAAGAAGGGGGAAGAAAUAAGAAGUUCUUAACAUCAAAUUUCCGUAUAUUUUUGGUUUCUCUCUCUCCAGAAACUCCUUUUUCUCAUAUGUAAAAUGGGUGGAGGGGUUUCAAAACAGUUCUAGGACCUAGGCACUAUUAUCUCAUCUGGAGAUGAGGAAUCUAAGGCAAAGAGGUUAACUAAUUUGCCCAAGAUUCACAGCUACUCCUUCUGUGGUUCAUCACACUAAAAGUAUAUAAAUUUCCAAAUCUUCUGUUACUAGAAACAUACAGAUGUACAUGUGUAUGUAUUUCUUGCAUAUAUUCUUCCUUCCAGGUUGCUAUUUAAAUGUGUAUCUUUUGCCCCAACUCCAUAAGCAUUAUUAAAAAAACUCUCCAGCAAUGACAUUUCACUUGUGUGGCCUUCAGGCAGUUGUCUGCACAAGAAGGCACAGCAAUGAGAGAGGUAGUGUGACUUUUGUCUUGCCCACUGCCAGAUAAAGGUAGCUUUAGGUUUUUACAUCCAUUUUUAUCACACAAAAUGUUACGAUACUGUGAGAACACAAGGGGGCGCUGCAGGAUAAGGAAGUAAAACCUAGAAGGCAGCGGUGGAUCCAGUAAUAGGGGGAAAAAACUGCAGAAGCCCCGGAAGCCCAGAGGAGCCUGGACCGGAUGCUUCUGAAAGGAGGUCUCAGCCCUCAGAAAAGGACUGAAAGAAUUCUCAGGAAUCUAGUGAGAUAACUACAGUGCCAGACAUCAGGGGAGUUUAUAGUUCGGCUGAAACAUCCUCCUGGACGCUGUACCACCAAGAACAAUGGAGGCCAGCAGGAAGCUCAUUUGCAGACAAAGGCAAGUUCUUUUUUCCUUUCUCCUUUUAGGCUUCUCUCUAAAGACUGCAGGGGAACUGAGACGCUAUUCUGUGGUGGAGGAAAAGGAGGGUAGGUCCUUUGUAACCAAUUUAAUAAAAGACCUAGGUCUUGGGCAGCUGGAAAUCUCCAGGAGAGGAGCUAAGGUCAUUUCUAAAGGCAACAAACUAGAUUUGCAGUUGGAUCAGGAGACAGGGGAUUUGCUGUUAAAUGAGAAAGUGGACAGGGAAGAACUGUGUGGGCACACAGAGCCAUGCCUGCUAAGCUUCCAAGUGUUGCUAGACAAUCCCUUGGAUAUUUUUCAAGCUGAGCUAGAAGUCACAGAUAUAAAUGACCACUCUCCAGAAUUCCUGGACAAAGAAAUCACACUAAAGAUAUCAGAAAGCAGUCUUCCUGGAGCUACAUUUCCUCUGAAGAACGCUCAGGACAUGGAUGUGGGCCAAAACGGUAUUGACAGCUAUCUGGUCAGUUCCAAUUCCUAUUUUCGAGUGCUUACUCGGAAACGCAGUGAUGGCAAGAAAUACCCUGAACUGAUACUAGACCGAGUACUGGAUAGAGAGGAGGAGGCUGAGCUUAGGUUAACCCUCACAGCUCAGGAUGGUGGCUCCCCACCUAGGUCUGGAACCACGGAAGUCCUCAUUGAAGUAGUGGACACCAACGAUAAUGCACCCGAGUUUCAGCAGCCAACAUACCAAGUGCAAAUUCCCGAGAACAGCCCCACCGGCUCUCUGGUACUCACAGUCUCAGCCAAUGACUUAGACAGUGGAGACUAUGGGAAAGUCUUGUAUGCACUUUCGCAACCUUCAGAAGAUAUUAGCAAAACAUUCGAGGUAAACCCUGUAACGGGGGAAAUUCGCCUACGAAAAGAGGUGGAUUUUGAAACUAUUCCUUCAUAUGAAGUGGAUAUCAAGGCCACGGACGGGGGAGGUCUCUCAGGAAAAUGCACUCUGUUACUGCAGGUGGUGGACGUGAAUGACAAUGCCCCAGAAGUGAUGCUAUCUGCGCUAACCAACCCAGUCCCAGAAAAUUCCCCCGAUGGGGUAGUGGCUGUUUUCAGUGUUAGAGAUCCUGACUCUGGGAACAACGGAAAAGUGAUUGCAUCCAUCCAGGAAAACCUGCCCUUUCUUCUAAAAUCUUCAGGAAAGAACUUUUACACUUUACUAACCAAGGGAGCACUUGACAGGGAAGAAAGAGAGCAAUUGAACAUCACCAUCACAGUCACUGACCUGGGCACACCCAGGCUCACCACCCAGCACACCAUAACAGUGCAGGUGGCAGACAUCAACGACAAUGCCCCCUCCUUCACCCAAACCUCCUACACCAUGUUUGUCCGCGAGAACAACAGCCCCGCCCUGCACAUAGGCACCAUCAGUGCCACAGACUCAGACUCAGGCUCCAAUGCCCACAUCACCUACUCGCUGCUACCGCCCCAAGACCCACAGCUGGCCCUCGACUCCCUCAUCUCCAUCAAUGCUGACAAUGGGCAGCUGUUCGCGCUCAGGGCGCUAGACUAUGAGGCUCUGCAAGGCUUCGAGUUCCAUGUGGGUGCCACAGACGGAGGCUUUCCCGCGCUCAGCAGCCAGGCUCUGGUGCGCGUGGUGGUGCUGGACGACAAUGACAAUGCGCCCUUCGUGCUCUACCCACUGCAGAACGCCUCUGCGCCCUUCACUGAGCUGCUGCCCAGGGCGGCAGAGCCUGGAUACCUGGUUACCAAGGUGGUAGCUGUGGACCGCGACUCUGGCCAGAAUGCCUGGCUGUCAUUCCAGCUGCUCAAGGCCACCGAGCCGGGGCUGUUCAAUGUAUGGGCGCACAAUGGCGAGGUACGCACCUCCAGGCUGCUGAGCGAGCGCGAUGCACCCAAGCACAAGCUGCUGCUGGUGGUCAAGGACAAUGGAGAUCCUCCGCGCUCUGCCAGUGUUAUGCUGCACGUGCUAGUGGUGGAUGCCUUCUCUCAGCCCUACCUGCCUCUGCCAGAGGUGGCGCACGACCCUGCACAAGAAGAAGAUGCGCUAACACUCUACCUGGUCAUAGCUUUGGCAUCUGUGUCUUCUCUCUUCCUCUUGUCUGUGCUGCUGUUCGUGGGGGUGAGGCUCUGCAGGAGGGCCAGGGCAGCCUCUCUGAGUGCCUAUUCUGUGCCUGAGGGCCACUUUCCUGGCCAGCUGGUGGAUGUCAGAGGUAUGGGGACCCUGUCCCAGAGCUACCAGUAUGAUGUAUGUCUGAUGGGGGAUUCUUCUGGGACCAGCGAAUUUAACUUCUUAAAGCCAGUUCUGCCUAGCUCUCUGCACCAGUGCUCUGGGAAGGAAAUAGAGGGAAAUUCCACACUCCAGAAUAGUUUUGGGUUUCAUCAUUAAUAGAAAACUACUUUACAGAUAUUUGAUUCCAAAUAUCAUCUUGUUGAUUAACUAAAGUCUGUUCACAUGUAACUAGCUAGCAACGAUUUUAAUGUUCACUUUACCCAUCUUUUUUCAGGCUCAUGUCUAAAGCUACAAGCUUGGCUUUACUUGUACUUGUCGCACAGAAUUUUCCAUGAGGUCUCAGAAAACAAAAAGGGUUUAUCAGCAGUUUAUGUGUUCACUAAAACUUUUCUACCGCUUUGUUUUUCUUCCUCACUCUCUCUCCCUGUUUUAUGUAAGUGUUCUGUUUGUAGACUUCUUGAAUUACGAAAAUGCUGUAUUGCGCAUUAUUUACAUAUAUAAUAGUUGGUAUUUCUGUAUUUCCUUUCUGUACUGACAGUCUCAUUGAAUUGCCACUUUUGAUUUUAUUAUAUAUAAUUGUUGUCUUAAGCUGUGCUAAUAUUUUACAGUUUUGUUUCCUUGUUUAUAUGUCUUGAUUUAAAAAUCUAUUUCUGUCAUAAGUAAUACAAGUAUCUAGUUAACCUAAAAAUAAGAGUAGUAUUGUAAGAUAUUGAGAUCGUGUAGAUGUGUCUAAAUUUUUGAGAAUCAAGGCAAUUUUGGCAUUCUAAGGCAUCAAAUAGAAGUAUUUCAAUUUUUCUUUUAAUUCUUCAUGAAAACUAGGAGAUAGGCAUUGAAUUUUCGACGUCUUACAAUCCAGCCACAGUCUUUUGAGUAAACAGUGUAUAUUUAUCUUCAAGUAGGUUGUAUGAUUUUUCUAUGCAACAGAGAUGGUAUUUGGGCUCUCUAAUCAUUUUCCUACACACAUUCUAAGGUUUAAUCUAUGUCACUUGCUUAUAGUGGGAAAAUUAGAAUGUUGUAGGCCUUUGAAUAAAACAAUUUGAGGA